UUGAAGGUCUGUAGCAUUAUCUAUCCACAGAUUAUCUUGCAGAAAAAAUUUUAAAAAAAUUUGCAGCUAAUAUGGCUGUGUCUUCUGCUCUUAGCAUGAACUUUGCAGUUGUAUCAUCAAGGGAACUUUUUUCACUUUCUCUACAACAUCUCACUUCAAGCUCAUUGAAAAGAAAGGGAAGUCAUUUCAGAGUUUCCGCAAAAUUAGGGGGAGGAGAGGGUGAUGCCAAGAAAGACAAGAAGAAAUUCAUAACUAAAGAACAAGAACCUGAACAGUAUUGGCAGACAGCAGGAGAAAGAGCAGGGGAGAACCCCAUGAGUACUCCUCUUCCUUAUAUAAUCAUAUUUGGAAUGUCAACUCCCUUUGUGAUCUUGGCCAUUGCUUUUGCAAAUGGUUGGAUUAAGGUUCCAAUAAGAUGAUUAAACUCUAAUCCUGAUAGAGGCCAAUGAGGCAUGAAUGCAGCAAGAUGGGCUUUUGGAUGUCUGAUUCUGUUUAUUCUGCUCUGACCAUUUUCUACAGUUGAGUUUGCUAUGUAUAAGAGUAACCCCAUUUCUAUACACAUUUUUUUGGUUUUCUGUACCAUGUGAAGAUAUAAAAUUUUAAGUUUGUGGGUGCAGAGUAUCAUUGCACUUGGU